AUGCUCAGCUUCGUUGCACCGUUAAGGUGCGUUCUUUUGUCGGCUGCUUGUGCUCCCUUGCAGCGAAAGCUACCCCUUGCGAGCUUGCGUACUUUGAACACGAGGAACUCGAGUUGCUCCCUGCGUCUGGCGGAGCGACCUCUAACGGCCACGAAGCGAAACGCCCUCGGGAACGCUUGCCUGGCGCAUAGUCUUUGGGGUCGUCGUCGCGUAUCACGUACAAGCCGUCGCAACGCUCGUUCCGUAACCAUGACUGCUACCGCUGCGAGUCGAGCUCGAACGGUAGUGAGGCUUGCGGACUACCAGCCGCCACCGUUUCUCGUUGAAAGCAUCGACCUCGAGAUUGACUUGCACGAAACGGAAACCAAGGUGCGGAGCCGGCUUUGCGUGCGUCCUAAUCCAACAUAUGCCACCGAACCGUGCUCCACACUCGAACUGGAUGUGGGAGCAACGGUGCGUCUUGUUCCGGACUCGCUGCUGUUGAACGGCAAGCGUUUGGAUGCAGAACGUGGUGCCUAUCACAUGCAUGCAGGCAAGCUCGUUAUCCGUCAGCUACCCUCGGGCAAUGAUGGAUUCACUCUGGAGUCGUGUGUUCUCCUAAACCCAUCGGAGAAUACAGCACUGGAGGGCCUCUAUCUCUCGAAGGGUACGUUUUGCACACAAUGCGAGGCCGAAGGCUUCCGUCGGAUAGUUCCGUUCAUCGAUCGCCCGGACGUACUCGCGCGGUAUCGCACCAAGAUUAUUGCAGAUGCCUCCAAGUAUCCGGUUUUGUUGUCGAAUGGCAAUCUGGUUGAGCAUGGACCUUGCCCUAGGGAUCCGCAGCGGCAUUAUGCGAUUUAUGAGGACCCCUGGCCCAAACCCUGUUAUCUAUUCGCACUUGUUGCCGGUGACCUCGCCCGCGUCUCCGACGAGUUUGUUCGUGCCUCCAACAGACCGGUGAGCUUGCACAUCUACGUCCGGCACGGUGAUGAGGCCCGCACUGCGCAUGCGAUGGAGUCCCUGAAAAAGGCCAUGCUCUGGGAUGAAAAAACCUACGGCAGAGUCUACGAUCUCGACGUGUUCAACAUCGUAGCUGUGGACGACUUCAACAUGGGAGCGAUGGAGAACAAGUCUCUGAACAUUUUCAACUCGAAAUACAUUCUUGCGAGCCCACAGACGGCAACGGACUCGGAUUACAACGCUAUAGAGGCAGUGGUUGGGCACGAAUACUUUCACAACUGGUCGGGAAACCGGGUAACUUGUCGAGAUUGGUUCCAGCUAUCUCUGAAAGAGGGUUUUACCGUUUUUCGGGAACAGGAGUUCAGUGCAGACAUGCGGGGCAACCGUGCAGUCAAGCGCAUUGCCGACGUUGCCCGACUCCGUAGCACACAGUUUCCUCAGGACGCAGGGCCGACUGCACAUCCAGUUCGACCCGACACCUACGAGACCAUUAAUAACUUCUACUCGGUUACCAUUUACGAGAAAGGUGCAGAGGUUAUCCGGAUGAUGAAAACGCUGCUUGGGGAGCAGGGCUUUCGCCGUGGAACCGAUCUGUAUUUCGCACGGCACGAUGGCGAGGCGGUGACGUGCGACGACUUUGUUGCCGCCAUGGCGGACGCGAGCCCCAGCGUUCUCUCAGCUGCAGACUGGGAGCAAUUCAAGCUGUGGUAUGCGCAGGCAGGUACACCUCAGGUUUGGAUCAGCGACAGCGCGUAUGACGCACAGAGACGAGAGCUAACCAUUGUAGCGCGCCAGCGGGUGCCGCCAACCCCCGGCCAACCAGUGAAGAAACCGCAUGUGAUUCCUAUUGCGACGGGUGUGCUCGACGCCUCCGGAAAAGAAGUUGUGCCGACAACGAUCCUCUGUUUGAAGGAGGCCGAGCAAAGUUUCACCCUUCAAAAUGUUCCUCCAGGGCACGUCGUGAGUUACCUGCGACACUUUUCGGCACCUAUCAAGCUUACUAGGGAAUCUUGGGCUGACCAGGAGCGCGAGGAACGAGAGCUCGCUUUUCUUAUGGCUCACGAUACCGACGACUUUCAGCGCUGGGACGCUGCGCAGCAGCUGCUGCUCAACGCCGCGCACCGUCGCGAUGGAAGCCUCACCCCGGUGGCGAUCACCUCGUUUCAGCGUGCAUUCGACGCCCUCAUCGAUGAUCCGCUGAUUCUGUCGCAAGUCUUGGCGCCUCUGAGCGAAAGCUACGUCAUGGACGAACAGCCAACCCUGCCUGUAGAUCCCGAACUCGUCCACAAGGCUUGCCUAAGCAUCAAGCGACAGCUUGCCGAGGCACUGCGCUCGCGACUCGAGCACGUGCUGGAUACAGCCGAGCAAUACGAAGCGGGACGCAGCGGCUUCAGUCUGGAUUCCAUCGAGCAGGGAAGGCGAGCGCUCGAGGCGGUCGCUUUCUCCCUGUUGGUUACCUUGCCGAACCCCGAGCCCUAUCUCGAGCGUGCCCUGGUACGCAUGCGAAACGCAGCGACCAUGACGACCAUGCUUGCGACGUUACAAACGCUGGUUCACGCGGACGCUGCAUCCAAGGAGCAUCGCGAGCAAGCGCUCUCUGUGUUCUACGAUCGUUGGCAAGGCGAUUACCUCCUGAUGGACAAGUGGCUUCGCAUCCAGGCGACAGCCCCGCGCUCCGACGCGCUGAUGGUUGUUCAGUCGCUACUCCAUCACCCUGCGUAUAAUGCCGGGAACCCCAAUAACAUCUAUUCAGUCCUUGGAGGCUUCGCACUGGCGAAUCCCUAUGGUCUCCAUGGUGGAUCCAAUGCAUCCAGCGCUUACCGUUUCCUCGCGGAUCAGAUUCUGGAGAUCGAUGGACGGAAUCCGCAGGUAGCAGCGCGCCUUGCGAAUGCGUUCACCAAGUGGCGUCGCUUCUCGGAGGAUCGCCAAAGUGCGAUGCGUAUCGAAAUGGAACGCAUGCUCGAGAGCCCGAAACUUUCCACAGAUGUCGGGGAAGUGAUUUUCAAAUGUCUGGAAAUGGCUCCUGUAUCGAGCUGA